UGGUGGGGAGCAGAAAAAUUGAUAGCAAAUGGAUAUGAGUGUGAGCGGACAAGUCAGACAAGGUAUGUCUUCUACCGCGGAGAGUCCUUGGAACCAGAAACCUGUGACCAAGCCUGUUAUCAAGAAUGUCAACUAUCACAGCGAGCAUCUCACUGACACUACUGACGUUAAUUCUGUCACCGAUACAUGGGAAGGAUGUUGAAGGAAUCUUGAGCACGAGCACUACCGAAAGAAUAAGCACGCUGCGAACUUUGAUAUUCGACAACAGCAGAGGAUCAUUAGCGCGAGCAAAAUGUGCGGAGAGUGCGGAAGCUGUCUUCGGCAUGGCAUUACCACCUACACUUUUACCGGGCCAACGUCCUGUGAAUAUAUCGAGGUGCGCUCUGAGCACGCGUAAAUGGAUCGUCGGAAGUAGAAAAGCUCAGCCAAAAGAAUUUCCGCAUAUGACGGCCAUCGGAUUCCAAAGUACAGAGAAUGAGAUACUGUGGCUAUGUGCUGGUAGCCUGAUUUCCGACAGAGUGAUACUGACAGUAGCCCAUUGUACUGAUAGCAACUGGGGAGCUCCGAAGUGGGCACGAGUCGGUGACCUGAAUCUAGCGCAAACGAAUGACGAUGCAAGGCCGCAAACCAUCAAAAUCGUCGAAAUAAUAUCGCAUCCUGAUUAUAAACAGCCGUCAGUGUAUCACGACAUAGCCAUAAUGAAGCUGGAAACCCCAGUUACCUAUACCGCAUGGGCCAGGCCGGCAUGUCUCCCGGUUGACUUGCCUGAUAUUGAUAAUGAUGGCAAAGCAGUUGCUACUGGAUGGGGACGAUUUGAUUGGACCGACGAUAAAUACUCCGACGAUUUGCUGAAAGUAAUGCUCAGUUUAGUUCCUCAGCAGUCUUGCAAUGAGAGUUUUUUCGAAGACGGCAAUACUCAGCUCAAACGAGGCAUUGUUGAUGAAUGGCAAAUAUGUGCAGGAGAAGAAGGAAGAGAUGCUUGUGAGGUUAACAGCGGAGGACCUUUGACCGUUUUUAACACAAAUCAUGACUGUAUGUAUAACAUAAUUGGUAUUGCGAGUAUAGGACGACUGUGUGGAAGUAUCAUACCUGGUGUGUACACUCGAGUCUAUCACUACAUCCCCUGGAUAGAAAGAGUGGCAUGGCCGGAGUACUUCAAAAAUAAUCAGGACACUUAAGAAUUCACUUUUAAAUAUAUUUUAUUAUUAAGUAUAAUUCAUAAUAAUAUUUUUGCCCUUAUAAAAAUUUUCUCUUUAUAAUUUUAAUUCUAUUCUCCUCUUAUUUUAAUCCCAAUUAUAUAAAGUAUCUGACAUAAUAUGUACAUCUGCUCGUACAUAGAAAUUAUGAAGUAAAAAUGUCUUUUAUCAUGUUACAAGCAAUUACGAUAAUUAUU